AUAAAUUGAACGUAUUUUUGUAUGUGAAAAUUAAAAAAAAAAUGAAAAAUAAAAUGGGUUUACUUUUGAGAUCACGUCAAAUGUUCGCAAGCACUUCUUUUAUGCAAUAUCGUCACUUUUCCUACAAAUUUUCACGUGUUUGUUUACCUGUUGGAAGUCAUAUGUCUGAUGAUCCGAAAGUUUGGAGCCAGGAAAAACAGAAAGGUAAAGGAAAAAGCCCAAUUGAAUCAGCUCCGGGAUGGAAUGAAAAAUUGGCAUCCGAAAGUGAAACAAGGGUCAAAGCAGAUAGAAAUGAUAAAAACAAUACAAUCACUAUUGAAGAACUGCAAAGACAAUCAAUAAGUUUAAUGGAGGAACAUGAUCAUGAACCCAAAUCACAAGAACUAAAAGAACAUAAGAACUAAAAGGAAUGCAAGAACUAAAAGGGGAAUUGUUAAAGGAAUUUUUUUGUGUCAUUCUCUAAAAUCCCAAAUGGUGUGAUUAUAGGGAGGUAUUAUAUAUAUAUAUUUUUAUUUUUAUUUCAGAGUAAAUAAAGGGUUACAAAGAUAUUAUAUAAUAGAAUCGAAAGUAAUACGAAUAUAAAACUGUAAACUAAGUCAUCUGAGGAUAAACUUCACUCUGGUGGAAAUUGUGCCUAUAAACAAUACUUUGAAUAAAUCCCGCUUACUUGUCACGUAAUUUAUAAAUGAUUAUAUAAUUUAUUAAUAAAAAAGUGUUGUGAAGUUAAAUUAAAUAAGGAAGUUAGCAAAUAGAAAAAAGAAAAAUUUUAAAGUUAGUAUUAACUG